AUGGAUAACUCAUACAUCAUAGCGAUAGACUUUGGCACUGCGUACAGUGGAUAUGCUUUCAGUCUGACAAAAAGAGAAGCAGAAACUGAACCUCGUUUAAAAUAUUGGGGUCAACAGGUUUCACUGAGGACCCCAAAGACUCCGACCUGCAUCCUUUUUGAUGAGCAUGAAGCAUUUCUCAACUUUGGUUAUGAAGCCCAGUCAGUUUAUUUUAGAACACGCGGUGAUGAAGCCAGAGAGAAAUUCUUCUUUGAAUGCUUCAAGAUGUCCCUCUAUGGCAAAAAGCUUAAUAGUGAUGUGACAAUUGAAGCUGCAAAUGGAAGGUCAAUGAAGGCACUGAAGGUGUUCACAGAAGCUCUGAGAUAUCUGAAGGAGGACGCUCUGAAAUUCAUCUCAGAAAAUGCUGGUGGGAAGCAGUUCAUAGCCUCUGACUUCACCUGGGUGGUGACUGUUCCUGCCAUCUGGGAUCCUUCAGCAAAACAGUUCAUGAGAGAAGCUGCGACACAGGCAGGAAUUAUUACCACAGGGAAGGAAAACAAACUGGUCAUUGCACUGGAACCAGAAGCAGCCUCAGUCUGGUGUAAGAAGCUGCCAGCUGAUGGUUUUAAAACAGAAAAUAACAGUGAGGUCACAUUCGAACAGGCUUCAGGAACACAAUACAUUGUGGUGGACUGUGGAGGUGGAACCAUUGACAUCACUGUUCAUGAAGUCCUGGAGGGAGGAGCCCUGAAGGAGCUGCACAAGGCCUCAGGAAAUGAUUUUGGGGGACAAACUGUGGAUAAAAAAUUCAAAGAGUUCCUCCGAGAAAUCUUCAGUGAUAGUUUGUGGGAUGCAUAUCAAAAAGAGCAUCCAGGAGAGCUGCAGAAGAUGAUGUAUGAUAUCUCAGUUUUAAAAGAGAAUGAUGACGAUGUGGAGAUCAGCUGCCCAUAUAACCUGGGUGAAAUGGCAAAAGAAAAGCAGAAAAUGGAAAAGUUUUUUGAAUCAGUGAGAGGUGUUUCCUGGAAUCAAGGAGCCAUCAGAAUCUCAAAAGAGAAAGUACGAUCUUUCUUUGCUGAGAGUCUGAAUGGCAUCACCAAGAGUCUCAGAGAAAUCCUGAAGAAAGGUUUCACCAUUAAGUACAUUCUGUUAUUGGGGGGCUACGCUCAAAGCCUGAUUCUGCGUCAGCAUAUUAUCAAUCAGUUUGGUGAUCAGUGUAAAGUUCUGUGUCCUUCUCAUCCUCAAGAAGCAAUCAUGAAGGGAGCUGUGAUGUUUGGAAGAAACCCAGCAUUGGUGGCAUCUCGAAUAAGUGCCUUUACUUACGGGGUUUCUUUGUCUGAUAGGUUUGAUGAGUCCAAGCAUAGAGCAGACAAGAAAUACACAAACAAAGAGGGCGAGUGGUGUGAUGGUAUUUUCUGUGUAUUGGUGAAGGACAAUGAGGAAGUGGGCUGGGAUAAAACCAGUGAGCACAGCUUCACUCCAGUAGAAAGAGAUCAGACAGCAGUUAUCUUUGCAUUUUAUCGCACAGAGAGAAAAAUCCAAGGUCUAAUGUAUGUGGAUGAGUGGGGAGUAGAGAAAAUUGGUUCAAUUAUUCUUGAGUCACCUGACACAGCACGCGGCAUGAAUCGUGAAAUCAAACUACAAAUCAAGUUUGGUGCCACAGAAAUGACGGCCACAGCCAUAGAUGUAGAUUCAGGUUCAACCGUUAAAACUGAGCUCGACUUCAUGGCUAAAUCAAUGAGAUCAAUCAGAAACAAUGUGUGGCAGAAGUGAUUUCAUGAAACAUCAGACAAACAUAUAAAUGCUUUGUUUUUAGAGCCACUGCGUUAAAAAAAAGGAAAUUCAAUGCUGAUCACUGUCCUUAAGUUAUAAUAGGUACUCUAAACUCUAUCACAGAAGCAGUGAAAACAUCUUUCUUCUUAUGAGAUCUAAUGAAACUCUAUGUGCAGUUACAUUGUGGCCAUGUUGAAGAAUUUUUGGUUUUGGUUUUACUACCAUUAAAAAUGUACAGAUUACUGUGUGUGUGUGUGUGUGUGUGUGCGCGUGUUUGUGUUUAUGUGCACGUGUAUGUGUGUGCAUGCUCACAGAAGGAAGGUCACGACAGGAGCUUUUUUGAAUGCAUGUCCCAUCAGCUUUUUAUAAGAAUUGUAGUUCCUACAUUGGAAUACCUGAUACCUGGCCCCUCGUUUACCGCGGGUGUUACGUUCUAAAAAUAAACCCCGAUAGGUGAAAACUGCGAAGUAGCGAACUUUAUUUUUUACAAUUAUUAUAGAUGUUUUAAGGCUGUAAAACCCCUCACUACACGCUUUAUGCACUUCUCUCAGACUGGCAUUGACAUUUUCACGUUUCUCUCUUGUUUAAACAUUCUCAAAGUUCAAACCUUUGUAGAAAAAUAUUUCCAGUAUUAUAGAAUGAAGC